GUUCGCCGACCACGGCCGCAGUGCACAGCUACGAAAUAUGAUACAUUCCUCGAACAUAUUACUUCAUCGCGCCAUCUCGAUUUACAAGUCUUGCUCUGAUUGAACAACCGCCGACAAUGUCAACCCCAGAUUCCUCAGCGGCUUGCGUAAGAACAACGCAAGCAGGCGAGCGUCCUUGUGAAGCCAAUGAGAAGGGAUGGCGACGGAUCGUGCGCAACUUCACUCCGUCGUGGUUCUCCGUAAAUAUGGGAACCGGCAUCGUUUCCAUCCUUCUACACAACCUCUCAUACAACGGUACAUGGCUGCAAUACAUCUCCUACAUCCUCUUCGCCCUCAACGUCCUUCUCUUCGUCUGCUUCUUCGCCAUAAGCAUUCUCCGCUACGCCAUCUGGCCCAAGAUCUGGCCCGCAAUGAUCCGACAUCCGGCGCAGAGUCUGUUCUUGGGGACAUUUCCGAUGGGGUUGGCGACCAUUGUGAACAUGACUGUGUUUGUUUGCGUGCCAGCUUGGGGCGGUUCGUGGUGGAAAGUCGCGUGGGCUCUCUGGUGGAUUGAUGCCGCUCUAUCAGCGGCAACGUGCCUUACUCUGCCGUUCAUCAUUAUGUCCAAACACGAAGCAAAACUCGAGAUGAUGACAGCCGCCUGGUUGCUGCCGGUCGUCGCGACUAUUGUAGCUUCCGCGUCCGGCGGUAUCGUGGCUUCUGUCAUCCCCGAUCCACAGAAGGCGUUGAUUACAGUCAUUGUCAGCUACAUUCUCUGGGGUACUGGGGUGCCACUGGCCAUGUUGAUUCUCGGAAUCUACCUCCUUCGCCUCACAACAUGCCGACUCCCACCGCGCGAAAUGGUAGUCUCCACAUUCCUCCCCCUUGGGCCGCUGGGUCAAGGCAGCUUCGCCGUUAUGCAGCUCGGCAAAACGGCGCACGAAGUCUUCACCAAGACGCAAACACUCCCCGUCGUUGCCGGCGCGGUAGCCGGCGAGAUCCUCUACGUGGCUGGGUUCUAUCUGGCCAUGAUCAUGUGGGGCUUUGGCUUGGUGUGGUUGUUCUUUGCUCUCGCGAGCAUCUACACCGUCCCACGUUUUCCCUUCAACAUGGGGGCCUGGGGGUUUGUCUUCCCCUUGGGCGUGUACACUGUAGCCACAGUGACACUGGGACUCGAGAUCCCUUCGGCGUUCUUCAGAGUCUUGGGGACCAUCUUCUCCAUCGCCGUCACGCUUUUAUGGAUGACUGUCGGGAUCAUGACCCUGCAGGGAGCAAUUACCAAGCAGGUUUUUGUCGCGCCGUGCCUCAGAGACGUUGAAUCUGAGGAGCUCACGCUAUCUGGUAAGAGGGAGAACAGCUGCAAGGAGAGUGUUUGAAUGGUCGA